AUGUCUGUCUUUACCGACGAGCGAUCCUCAGGAUCCAACGAUAGUCUUGAUGAUGUUGAAAUGCAGGAGGUCAGGGGAGAAAAAGAUGAUUAUGGACAUCAAAAAAUGAGACUGUUGUCGAAUAAGAGAAACAGCGUAUCACCCCAUAGAUCUUUAGAGUCAAGCGAGAAGUUGGAUGAUGUUGAAAUGCAAGGGAGAGAUGAUGAUUAUGGAGAUCAAGAUGGAUUGUUGUCAAGCGGAAAUCGAAAGGGUAAACGAACACUAGAGCCUGAAUUCGAAACAAAAUGGCAUCUAAGAACUCCUUGGGUGGUAUUUCUAUCAUUUUCGACAGCGAUAGCAACUAUCCUCACAAUGUGGAAGAUUGCAUCGUAUAUCACCUCUAAAGGUAACACAGUGAUUGACUAUCCGAAUCCAACAUCCAGCGGCUUCCGUAGGUCAGCAAGUGACUACGAAUUGAAUCCGAAUUGGGAUUUUGAUGCUUCCCCAAAAGUUCGUACAUAUCACUGGACCAUCAAAGAUAUCGAGGCAAAUCCAGACGGUGUUUUUCGACCAAUGAUCACCAUUAACUCGCAAUUUCCUGGUCCAAUGAUCGAAUGUAAUGAGGGAGAUGUUAUAAUUAUUGAUGUUGACAAUCAAGCCGUCAACGCUACAUCUAUACAUUUUCAUGGCAUCUUUCAAAAUGGAACCAACCAUAUGGAUGGUACUACAGGCAUAACACAAUGUCCUAUUGCACCAGGCAAUAAAUUUCGAUAUCAGUUCAACGUCACGGGUCAAUCUGGCACCUAUUACUACCAUGGACAUCAAGCUGUACAAAUUUCUGAUGGGCUAUACGGGCCACUGAUUAUCCAUUCUAAGAAAGAGAAGACUUUACAGCCAAUCUCAUAUUCUACAGAUCGGGUAAUCAUGCUCCAAGAUUAUUAUCAUGAGUUGAGUAGUGGGCUCACGAUGAAAAACCUUGAGCCUGAUAGUGAAGCCUCGCCGAUUCCUGACGGAGCACUAAUUAAUGGACUUAACAGCGUAGACUGUUCCGUUCUACCACAUCGAACAUGUGACAACUCGACAGCAAUUCUCCCUUCAUUCGAUUUAGCCGCCAAUGAAAAUCAUCGACUAAGAUUUAUCAAUACUGGCGCAUUCGCUUGGUUUCAAGUCGGCUUGGACGAGCACGAGUUUGCCAUCACUGAAGUUGAUGGAACGGACAUCAUGCCAUCAUACGAUACCCGCAUGAUGAUCAGUCCUGCACAACGCUACAGUAUGAUUGUGAAUACAAAUCGCAACUCGACGGAUGCAUUUUGGCUCAGAGCAAGAAUGGUAACUCAUUGCUGGAAAGAACCCAGUCUACCAGCCAAUGGAGCUGAUGAAGUUCGAGCCGUCAUCCGUUACACCGAUAGAGAUACACCUCAAACCAUGGCCUCUAAGCCAACUUCUCAAGAGUGGAAGAAGCCAAUCGAAACAUGGUGCAAAGACAUGAACACCACCAGUUUCAUACCCACCUCCUUUGAACCUGCCCCGCAAAUAGCAGAUCAUAGCUAUUUCAUCCGCGUAAAUCUUGAAAGACAUUAUUGGCGUCUCCAGCGAGGCUAUCUCAAUAGCUCUACUUUCCGCCCUCAAGUUCAUCAACCAACACUCCAUCGUACAAUCGAUGGUUUCUCAACCAUGAACGAAUCAUUUACAUCCAUGGCCCAGACCAAUGGCGUAAACUCGAUAUCUUAUAACCAGGAAAAUGACUAUUUGAUUCAGCAUUCCGGAGUCAAAGUCGUUGAUAUAAUCAUCCGAAACUUCGACGAAGGAAACCACCCUAUGCAUUUACACGGUCAUAAAGUCUGGAUUCUUGGCCAAGGACACGGUGACUUCCCCGGGUAUCAAGCUCUACACCUUCAACCAGAAGGUCGUGGUACAUUGCCAGGCCAUGAGCAUGCGUUAGACAAUUUAAUUAGAAGGGAUGUAGCAACUGUAGAAGGAUUCGGAUGGCUAGCUCUUCGAUUCGUGGCGGAUAAUCCAGGAGUAUGGGCGUUUCAUUGUCAUAUGAUGUGGCAUGGAGAAGCGGGCAUGGCUAUGCAAUUCAUGGAUCGAGUUGAUGAAGUCAUGAAGAUGCAGAUUCCGGAGGAGAACCAAAAACUGUGUCAAGCGAAUGUCAAGGAAUUGGAGAAGGGAGGUAUUCCUAAGGAUGAAAUUUGGUUUGGAUUCGGCCCAGAGGAUGAGUGA